AGAACCUUCUUCCUUCAUCACAGGAUAAAAGCAUUUUAUCCGGGCUUCUUAAAUCUAAGUCUUUAAAAUGACUAAGUUUUCUUCCUUUUCUCUGUUUUUCCUAAUAGUUGCGGCUUAUAUGACUCCUGUGUGUUUCAAUAUGGAAAUUAUUGGAGGGAAAGAAGUGUCACCUCAUUCCAGGCCAUUUAUGGCCUCCAUCCAGUAUGGCGGACAUCACGUUUGUGGAGGUGUUCUGAUUGAUCCACAGUGGGUGCUGACAGCAGCCCACUGCCAGUAUCGGUUUACCAAAGGCCAGUCUCCCACUGUGGUUUUAGGCGCACACUCUCUCUCAAAGAAUGAGGCCUCCAAACAAAGAUUGGAGAUCAAAAAAUUUAUACCAUUCUCAAGAGUUACAUCAGAUCCUCAAUCAAAUGAUAUCAUGCUGGUUAAGCUUCAAACAGCCGCAAAACUCAAUAAACAUGUCAAGGUGCUCCACAUAAGAUCCAAAGCCUAUCUUAGAUCUGGAACCAAAUGCGAGGUUACUGGCUGGGGAGCCACCGACCCAAAUUUAUUAAGACCUUCUGAUACCCUGCGAGAAGUCACCGUUACUGUCCUAAGUCGAAAACUUUGCAACAGCCAAAGUUACUACAACCACGACCCUUUAAUCACCAAAGACAUGGUCUGUGCAGGAGAUGCCAAAGGCCAGAAGGAUUCCUGUAAGGGUGACUCAGGGGGCCCCUUGAUCUGUAAAGGUGUCUUCCAUGCCAUAGUCUCUGGAGGUCAUGAAUGUGGUGUUGCCAAAAAGCCUGGAAUCUACACGCUGUUAACCAAGAAAUACCAGACUUGGAUCAAAAGCAACCUUGUCCCGUCUCAUACAAAUUAAGUUACAAAUAAUUUUAUUGGAUGCACUUGCUUCUUUUUUCCUAAUAUACUCGCAGGUUAGAGUUGGGUGUAAGUAAAGCAGAGCACAUAUGGGGUCCAUUUUUGUAUUUGUAAGUCAUUUUAUUAAGGAAUCAAGUUCUUUUUCACUUGUAUCACUGAUGCAUUUCUACCAUGCUGGUUUUAUUCUAAAUAAAAUUUAGAAGGCUCUCUGUUUCUCUUGUAUCACAUGAAGUAAUAUCUGCCCCCAUUCCACCCACACUCCCCAAAGGGCAAUAAGGUCACUGAAUAAAACAGUAAUGGUACCACCUUCAACCAGGUGUAACUUCUGCUGGAUCAUCCUAAGUUGUUGGGUUGUUUUCUUUUCAUUGUUGUGAUAACAUUAAACAUGAGAUAGGCCCUUUCAACAAAUGUUUAAGGGUACGAUACAUUAUUGUUAACUAUGGGCAUGAUCUUGCAGUGCAGAUCUCUAGAACUGCUUCAUCUCGUAUAAAUGAAACUUUAUGCCAGUUGAAUAGCAGCUCUCUAUUUCCCCACCACCCCCAUGCUCUCGCAACCCCAUUCUACUCUAAGCUUCUAAGAGUUUGUAUUUUUUAAAUAUAAAUCAUAAAUAUAAAUAUCCUAAUUCAAGCAAGCAGCUUAUACAAA